AUGGCAACCCAAUCCUCGACUAGCACAGCAGGAGUUUCUCUUGCGGAACUUCCGAAAUCCAAUGUGUUUACAACAAGGCUCCCCCCAGAUCCUGCUUUCGAGACCCCGGAGUCUUCCCACAAGGCGCCCAGAGAGACUCUUGGCCCGCGUCUGGUGAAAGGAGCUCUAUACACGUUUGUUCGGCCGGAGCCAGCAGAGGAGACUGAGCUCUUGAGCGUCAGCCCUAAAGCGAUGAAUGACCUUKGUCUGAAAAUGGGUGAGGAACUUACGCCGCAAUUUCAAGCAUUAGUAUCUGGAAAUGAGAUCUGUUGGAACGCAAAGGAUGGAGGAAUUUACCCGUGGGCUCAGUGCUAUGGAGUGUUGACCAGGCACAGUGGCUCCUGGGCCGGGCAACUUGGUGAUGGACGAGCGAUUAGCCUGUUCGAGUGCGUCAAUCCUCAAACGAAGCGCAGAUUUGAACUACAAUUGAAGGGAGCGGGAAAGACGCCAUAUUCACGCUUCGCUGAUGGCAAGGCUGUUCUUCGGUCGAGCAUCCGCGAGUACGUUGUGUCAGAAGCGUUAUCUGCUMUUGGUGUGCCAAGCACUCGAGCUUUGGCAAUCACUCUACUUCCAAAGUCAAAGGUUUUGCGUGAGCGCAUUGAGCCCGGUGCUAUCGUUGCUCGAUUCGCCGAGACUUGGCUCAGAAUUGGGAGCUUUGAUCUGCCGCAUUCGCGCGGGGACCGAGAUCUCAUCAGGAAGCUAGCGACGUUUACCGCCGAGGACGUUUUUGGAGGAUGGGAAACCCUGCCAGGUGUUGUAUCCUUAGGCCGGGGCCAUUCCACAGACGCCAUCGAUAAUCCUGCCAGAGGCAUUCCCCGAGACCAUGCACAGGAACACCAGGGUGUAACAGAAAAUAGAUUUGCACGACUAUACCGUGAGAUAGCGCGUCGCAACGCGACGACCGUGGCUGCUUGGCAAGCGUAUGGUUUCAUGAAUGGCGUACUUAACACGGAUAACACCUCGAUCUUCGGACUCUCUCUUGAUUUUGGCCCAUUCGCCUUCAUGGACAAUUUUGACCCACAGUAUACUCCAAAUCAUGACGACCACCUGUUGAGAUACUCUUACAAGAAUCAACCAACUGUCAUCUGGUGGAACCUGGUUCGACUCGGAGAGGCGUUGGGGGAAUUAAUUGGUGCCGGGGACAAGGUCGAUGAAGAAUGGUUCUUGAAAGAUGGGUUGACCGAGGAAACCGCACCACCUGUUGUGAAACGCGCUGAGGCCAUCAUUGAACGGACCGGUGAUGAAUACAGGAGCGUGUUUCUGAAUGAAUAUAAACGCUUGAUGAGUCGCAGGCUAGGAUUGAAGACCCAAAAGGAGUCUGAUUUCCAGGAACUGUUCUCGGAGAUGUUGGAUACAUUGGAAGCUCUAGAGCUUGAUUUCAAUCACUUUUUCAGGCGACUCUCCAAUGUAGCGCUUGCUGAUAUCGAGACAGACCAGCAACGAAUGGACACAGCACCCAUCUUCUUUCACAAUGAAGGGUUCGGGGGUAUUGGCUACACAGAACAGUCUGCAAAAGUGCGCUUAGCCAAGUGGCUCGCGGCUUGGAGAUCUCGAAUCCUCGAAGAUUGGGGCAUCGAAAACGACCCAGACCGACAGAAAGAUAUGAAUGCAGUCAACCCGAAGUUCAUACCUCGCGGAUGGAUUCUCGAUGAAGUCAUUGAACGUGUAGAGAAACAAGGAGAUCGAAAAAUUCUUGAACGUGUCAUGCGAAUGGCUCUCGACCCUUUCAGAAAUUCAUGGGGCCUGGACAAAGAUGAAGAGGAACGCUUUUGCGGUGAUGUUCCCAGAUACAAGAGAGCCAUGAUGUGUAGCUGCAGCUCGUGA